GCGGCGGCGGCGGCUUCAGCGGCGGCGCGAGGGCGGCUGGGCUGGGCGCGGCCCUGGAGCCCCCGGGCCAUCCGGGCUCCUGAAGACGGCGGUUCCCCGAACAGGGACAAAGUGGCCUCUUUCCUUUCACUACCCGAUACACACAAGCUUCCCCGAAGGAAGAUGGCUCCAGUUCUCUGGAGAAGCUUGGUUCCCAUCCUACCAUGGGGUCUGUGCCUCUUUUUGAGCUUCCCAAUCCCUGUGUGGCUCCAAUCACAGCCCUGCCAUACCUGCCGGGACCUGGUCAACAGCUUUAGCAAGGGCUUGGAACGGACAGUCCGGGACAAUUUUGGAGGAGGGAACACUGCCUGGGAGGAAGAGAAGCUGUCCAAGUAUAAGGACAGUGAGACUAGGCUGGUGGAGGUGCUGGAGGGCGUGUGCAGCAAGUCCGACUUUGAAUGUCACCGACUCCUGGAGCAGAGUGAGGAGCUGGUGGAGACUUGGUGGUUCCACAAGCAGCAUCAGGCCCCCGAUCUCUUCCAGUGGCUUUGCAUGGAUUCCCUAAAGGUUUGCUGCCCUCCUGGAACCUAUGGGCCUGCCUGUCAGGCCUGUCCUGGGGGCACGGAGAAGCCAUGCAGUGGUAAUGGGCACUGUGACGGGGAGGGCACCCGACAGGGCAGUGGGCGCUGUGACUGCCAGCCCAGCUAUGGGGGCCCCACCUGUGCCCAGUGUGGGGACGGUUACUAUGAAGCCACUCGAAACUCCAGCCACCUGGUAUGUGAGGCUUGCUUCGGCCCCUGUUCCCGUUGCUCAGGCCCUAAGGAGGGCAACUGCCUUCGCUGCAAACAAGGUUGGGCCCUGCAUCAGCAAAAGUGUGUGGACAUCGAUGAGUGUGGGACAGAGAUGGCCACCUGCAAAGCCAACCAGUUCUGCGUGAACACGGAUGGGUCCUAUGAGUGCCGAGAUUGUGCCAAAGCCUGUGCUGGCUGUAUGGGGGCAGGGCCUGCCCGGUGCAAGAGGUGCAGUGCGGGCUACCGCCGAGAGGGAGCCAAAUGCCUGGAUGUGGACGAGUGUGAGGGUCAGGAGGAGGUGUGCACAGGCCCCCAUGAGCUCUGUGAGAACACGGACGGAAGCUACCGGUGUGCCUGUGUGGAGGGCUACGAGAGAAGCCAGGAGGGCUGUGUGCCUCGGCAGCUGGAAGAGCCCAAGCCGGGAGGCUUCUUCUCCGAGGUGACUGACGAUGAGGUGGUGGUCUUGCAGCAGAUGUUUUUUGGUGUCAUCAUUUGUGCCCUGGCCACACUGGCAGCCAAAGGUGAUAUGGUCUUCACUGCCAUCUUCAUUGGGGCUGUGGCUGCCAUGGCCGGAUACUGGCUGUCAGAGCGUAGUGACCGUGUGCUGGACGGCUUCAUCAAGGGCAGAUAGAGAAUUGCUACAGGUGGGAGGGUCCCCCUCCUCCCUCUCUACAGUGCAGGGCCAAGGGGGGUCGGCUCAGGUCAAGCCCAAGGACUGAAAACUGAUGGUGGGGGGAGACUGGAUCCAGAUAGAGAGGCAGCUUGGGCAAGUUAAGGUUUGUGUCGAGGAGGGAACAAGUCAGCAAACCUUAACUCUAAGCCCUGCCCUCCCAAGCCUGAGUGAAUCAGGACUGCCGGCUCCCAGGUGCCACGCCAGUCCUCCACUGAGCUCAGUGCCUCUCUCUGUCCCUUGGCUUCCAUCUUUGCAGAUGUGACCCUCCAGGCAGAGCUGGAGAUGGGAAUGUCUCCCUCCUAGCCACAGGCUAGGGCUGCAGUUAUUUUGUGUUUGUGUGUGGGGACCGGGCCAGGGUUCCAUCCUUUUCUCUGGUCCCACUCCCCUUCUCUACUAGAUGCACUUCCUGUGGCCCUCCGCUCCCCUGUGCAGUGGGGCUCCAGGCCCUCCAUUGAUGCUGGGGCCUACCUGUCGUUGGAACUGGCAAUGGAAGGGUUUUGAAAAAAAUACCCCUGGAGGCAGGGCCCACAACUUUAAAGGGAGCUGGGAAGGGGGGUGGGAAUGAGAUACUGAAAGGGAGGACAAGUCCCGGCUAAGUGAUUUUUAAAAAUCAUUUCCUCCUUUUGGUAGUGCCUAUGACCUUGGCCACACAGCUGUGCCCCAUAUUCUUUCUCCCCUCUUUAGUCCUGGAAACUGGGAGGCACGGGGAGGUGGUCCAUGCAAGGGAAGAGGAGCAGAGGGACAGAAUCCUCCUGCAUGGUCCCUGCCCUUGCUUUUGCCCACACUCACUCAACUAUUUAUUCAUCUCAGGAAAAUAAAGUUCUUCAUAAAUCUAACAAUGGCUCCAGCAUCUCUA